CUGGGGGGUCGUCGUUAGUGCAGACAACAGUUCUCAGCUCCUCAAUGUCUUCGACCAUUUAACAGGCUCAUCUAGGCCUUCCUGGCUCUCUCUCUUGUCUAAUUUAGUCGUCAAGAUCUGAUCUCUUUGCUGUUUCCAUGGUUUCUCUCACCUCCUUUGUGUCUCUUAUUUGAAUGGAACAUUUCGCCUCUGAGAGUUCAAACUCCCUGAACGAAUGAAUAUGAUUGUGAACGAAAUUCUUUACGCUUCUGAGCGAUCGAACGUAGCACUUCCGGAAUCCUGUGAAGGCGGUUAAAAGUUUAUGCAGCGAGACAUUCCGGUGGAGAGUGAGAAGGCGGCAUGUUCCCAGCGAGACGGGAGCGGCGCCCGGCCGCGCCUCUCUAAGGCUCUGCGUCAGAAUUUGCGGUCUGGGAGCGAACGACUUAAAGAGUACCGCUAUUUCCUUAAUUGUUGUUCCUCCGGGCCGUGUAGUAUCUCCCGAAACGCGUUCUUACCCCGAAAUUUUGUGUAUUAGAGUAUCGACAUAUAGAUAAGGAGACUUUGAUAUAGAUAUAAGGCGGUAUAAUACUACGACGGAAGCGCAAAGUGAUCAAUCUGGAAGUGGCGAUAAAGAGGCAGGGACGCCGCGCCCACAAUGCUGUAGCAGCGCGCCGGCGGCACAAAGUUAUCGACUACACCACCACCACUGCUACCGCCGCCAACACCGCCUUCGCCGCCACCACCACCACCAUCACGCACACCACCACCACCACCACCACCGCCACCACCGCCAGCAGUCUCCGUCCGGAGCCCCCGCCAUCCUCCACCGCCCUAUACCGUGCUGGGCGCGGUCUGGUAGCAUCCUCCAAGAACCACCAGGAUGCUGUCAUCCUGCUGGUUCAGCGCGCCCUUCACGGGAUGCUUCGCCACUGCCAUCAAAGGCGGUGUUGGCAGCGGUAUGCAGGAGAGCGGCGACGGCGAACCACGAGUCCGCGUUAGUCAGUCGGAGGAACGCAGCCGCCGCUUCCUACAACCGUCACACCGCAGUCGUUCCGAGGGGCCCCUAGGCAGAGACCUAGAUGAUGAUAGUUUUCUUGUAUCAGAGUACAAGACCCAAUUCGCCUGGGUCAGGAGGACUCCCUCCGCCAGGGGCCCUGAGGCCGCCCCCCUCCUCGAGGUGGAAAAGCCGCCGCAGUCAACCAAGAAUCAGGUGAACGCCAACGGUGUAGCCGGAGGAGCGUCCGGAGGCGCAGGAGGAGGUGCCGUACCCGCCAGUGACCCGCAGCCUGCCGCCGAGCACCAGCUGCCACGUACGCCGCGUAAGUCCAAGUCGAUGGGUCGCAUUCACGGUGGAGGAUCUGGGCCGGAGGUAGGAGAAGGGGCAGCUGGUGGUCCUGAGGCAGCCGGCAGCACUCAGCAGCAGCAGCAGCAGGGUGGUGGCGGCAACCAGGAGGGAAAGCACGAUCAGGCACCAACACGCACGGACGCUGCGGGAACAACUCCGGCCUGGCACCCGGGGCACCGCCGCACACCUUCUGACGGAGUAGCAUGGCGACACUCCAAAGGGCUUGAGGCAGACCGUAUUAUUGGUGGUGAAAUGUUGGGAUCAGGUGAAGAAGAUAAACUUUACAAAAGGGCCUAUAAAUCUGAGUAUCGCAAGAAGUUCCGUCCAUUCUCACAAUACCAAUAUGUGGAUGGCAGAUUCCAUAAGGUGAAAACUGAUGAGGCUACAGCAGCAGCAGGAACCAGUGAGUCACCAAAUAAUUGGUACAAGGAGGUUAUUGAGCUUCGUCGCCAGGCUGGGCAAUAUCGGGCGAGGCACGAUAUUGGUGACGUGUGGCGGACAGUGCAGCAUCGAGGUUGGGGUGUAGAGACUGCAUCUGAACGCUUGGCAGAAAUUUAUAGCAAGCAGGCAGAACUGUGGGAGCAGGUAUCUCGUCGAUCAUCCCUCCAGGCUCUCUCUCUCGCAUCGGCUUCCCCAAGCAGGCCGAUCAGCAAGGCAGAGAAGGAGAUUGAAAAUUCUCGAAGAUCGUCCCCAAUCAAGCAUAGCAAAUCCUCACGUGAACGUCCCAGUACUGCACCGCCCAAGCCAAAACCUGCUGCUGUGCAUACACAAAAACCAUCAGACAAGACGGAUGGGAAGACUUCCAAGGAAUCAACGCCACGUCACCACUAUGAACGAACUACAGGAACUACAGAGGAGGGUCUUUUGAUCACUUCGCCAUCACGUGACAAGCUCGAACCAUUCAUCCCCGAUGAUUGGUCCUCCCGCCGUUCAUCAAGAAGGACUCCACCAAUCACAAGCCCUAUGAAAGAUGGCCCAAGCAGACGAAGGUCGUACCGAGCCUCUUCCGCAGCAAGACCUCCCCCAACCAAGGACUGUAGGUCCUCUGUAGGGGGUCGGUCUGUCAGUGUUGGUCCUGAAAAUCGGUCUCCCAAGCGAACAUCCCGCCCACCAUCUACCCAUGCAACAGCUCCCGCAACCAAACCUGAGCGACGUCCACGACCUACGUCCCUCUCCACUAGUGCUCGUCGCAAGGGUACAGAUGCUUUGCCCCACCGCCCCUCCUCCCAUGAUGAGGGUAGAGAGCCUAAGAAAGCCUCUAAAGCUAAGCCUCAUGACCCCACUGCUUCGCCUAAGAAGGGUGAGGACAAGAGCAAAGUGGAGAAAAAACAUAUUAGUGAAGAAACUGACUCUAAGAAAGAUAAAGAAAAGGAAAUCCUACCCAAAGAUGGGCCCAAGGAUAUCCUGAAGGAUAUUGCACCAAAGGAUGGUUCCAAAGAGCCCGUGGAAGCUGUCAAGGAAUCUACUGCCAGGAAGUCCACUCCAGAGCCUCGAUUUGACCCAGAGAAGUAUGAACCUGUGGUAAAAACACCACCUGAACCUACUCGGGUCAAGUCACCUGAUCAGGUUGGUAAAUGGGUUAUGGUUAAAAGCCCAGAUCCAGUAAAUUGGACAGUUCCUCUAGACACUGGCAAGACCUUUACUGUGACGCACAAUAUUCCUGAAGGUGAAUCGGCACGUGGAACUCCUUCAUCUGAAUAUCGCCAUGUGCUGGAAUCCCGCACUCGACAAACGCCCGAACCUACUAAGAUAAGCCAGGGAUCCCUUGCUGGCACACCUGUAUCCUCCAUUGCCUCUGAAGCAAAGUCUCAUUCUCAGGAGCAACCUAAGCCUACCACUGCCACAAUUGUAGAUUCUAAGGUUGAUGAAAAGUCUCUUGAAAAAAAAACAGAGCCUAAACCAGUUGAAGCUAAGCCCCAAGAAUCUAAGAUUUCUGAAACCAAGAUUCCUGAGGGAAAAUCCUUAGAUGGUGAUAGUUUUAGUUCUAAAUUAGAUGCCAAAGCUAAUACUAAACCUUAUGAAAUCAUGAAAGAUACAAAAUUAGCUGAAGUUAAGGAAGAGCCAAAACCAACUGAUUCAAAAGAGUUAGAGACAAACCUAUUAGAUGCUAAGGUACAAGAAACAAGACCUUUUGAAUCCCUAGUAUCAGAGCCAAAAUCAAGUUUUUCUAUGUUAUCGGAACCAAAGGCAUCUGAAAUUAAGGCUCCCGAGCCCCCAAAAUCAGACCCAGUUGCUGAAAUCAAGAAGUCCGAUAAUUUUGAACCUAAACCCUUCCAGUCUCAGCCCCUACAGCAGCAGCAGCAGCAGCAGGUUCCUAGCAGCACACCUGCACCCACACAGGCUUCACCCAUGGACAUUGUCCCUCCUUCAGGUAUUUCUUCUUGGGAUGGCUCUUAUGACACAACUUCUGAUGCAGAUUCAUCCUCUGUUCUUACUACCUCUGAUUUCCAAGAUGGGUCUGCAUCUCUGCAUGCACGCAAAUCUUUUAAUUCUCUUGAAUCUGUUUCACAUGAAAAUUAUUCUCCAAUUAUUUCGGAUCCUUUUUACAAGAAUGAUGCUGACACUUUUUUCCAGUCACCUGUGCAUGAUGAUAAUGGUGAUGCUCAUUCUUCAUUAUCGCUUACUGAAAAUGAUUCAGCUGUUCAUUCACCAUCAUCACUACAUGAAGAUACUACUACUACUGCUUCUUCUUCUUCUUCUUCUUCUUCUUCUGUGAAUGGGGAUGCUCAUUCCUCAUCUCUGCAUGAUUAUAUUCAUUCCCCAUCUUCUCUGCAUGAUGGUAAUCAUUCCAUGUCAUCUCUGCAUGAUAUAAAUUCUUCAUCUUCUCCCCACGAUGAUGAUUCCUCUCCAUCUUCUUUGAAUGAUACUCAUUCCUUAUCAUCUAUGCAUGAUAGUGCUCAUUCCCCAUCUUCCAUGCAUGAUAGUGCUCAUUCGCCAUCUUCCAUGCAUGAUAGUGCUCAUUCGCCAUCUUCCAUGCAUGAUAGUGCUCAUUCCCCAUCUUCCAUGCAAGACAAUGAGUAUUCUCCAUCUUCUCUAAAUGAUACAAGCUUAACUUCUCAAGAUGGUAUUUCAACUUCAUCUUCCUUACAUGAGGAUAUUCAUUCUUCAUCUUCUCUACAACAGGAUGUUCAAGAAAAUAGUCAAUUUCCAUCUGUAUUUACAGAUACCCACUCUUCAUCUUUAAAUGAAAAGGAUUAUUCCCAAUCUCACCAUGGAAUAAACUUCAAAUCUAUUGACAAAGAGGUCCAGUCUCCAUAUGCAAAUGAAGAUAUAAUUUUCUCAUCUGUAUAUGAAAAGAGCCUUUAUGAACGUGAAGAGGCCCCCAAUUCUCCAACUGUACAUGAUGUACUUCAAUUCCCAGGUGAGCAGGAAGAGCAUUAUUCUUCUGCAUCUGUACACAAAGAAAUCCAUUCCUACUCACUACAUGAAGAGAUCCAUACUCCAUCUGUAAAUGAAGAGAUCCAUACUCCAUCUGUAAAUGAAGAGAUCCAUACUCCGUCUGUAAAUGAAGAGGUAAUUUUCUUGUCUGUACACGAGGAGGACCAAUCCCUAGCCACACAAAAACUCCAUUUCUCAUCUGUAAAUGAAGAGGCAAUUCUCCCAUCUAUGCAAGAUGAGGACCAGUCUCCAUCCACACACAAAGUCCAUUCACCAUCACUAAAUGAAGAGAUAAUUUUCCUGGCUGUACAUGAAGAGAACCAGUCACCAUCUGUACAAGAAGUUAAAUUUACAUUAGUAAAUGAAGAUAACAUUUUCCCAUCUUCACAAGAAGAGCUCCAUUCUUCAUCCAUAAACGAGUCCUGUUUCCCAUCUGUUCAUGAAAAUGUUCAAUUCUCAUCUGUAAAUGAGGAGGUCAGUUCUCCAACUGUAAAUGAGGAGGUCAGUUCUCCAACUGUAAAUGAGGAGGUCAGUUUUCCAUCUGUAAAUGUGGUCAGUUCUCCAUCUGUAAAUGAGGUCAGUUCUUUAUAUGCAAAUGAAGAUGUUUAUUUCCAACCUGAACUUAAGCAUGUUCACUCCCAGCUUCAACAGGUAUACAACCAAUCUACACAUGGAGAAAUGUAUUGCUCAUCUGAACAGGAGAUCCCUGCCUCACAGGAACAUGAAGAGGUUCCUGCCUCAACUGAAGAUGAAGAGGAGCUUUCCUCACUUGAAUGUGAAGAGGUCCAUGCCUCACUUGAACGUGAAGAGGUCCCUGCCUCAUACAAAUGUGAAGAAGUCCCUGUCUCACUUGAGCAUGAAGAGGUUCCUGUCUCAUUAGAGCACGAAGAGGUCCCUGCCACAGUUGAACAUGAAGAGGUCCUUGCCUCUCUUGAACACAAAGAGAGCUUUGCCCCACUUGAAUACGAAGAGGUCCCUGCCUCACUUGAACACGAAGAGGUCUCUGCUUCAUUUGAACACGAAGAGAUCUCUGCCCCACUUGAACAUGAAGAGGUCCCUGCCCCACUUGAACACGAAGAGGGCUUUGCCUCACUUGAACACGAAGAGGUCUUUGCCCCACUUCAACAUGAAGAAGUCCCUGCCCCACUUGAACACGAAGAGGUCUCUGCCUCACUUGAACACGAAGAGGUCUCUGCCUCACUUGAACACGAAGAGGUCUCUGCCUCACUUGAACACGAAGAGGUCUCUGCCUCACUUGAACACAAAGAGGUCUCUGCCUCACUUGAACACGAAGAGGUCUCUGCCUCACUUGAACACGAAGAGGUCUCUGCCUCACUUGAACACAAAGAGGUCUCUGCCUCACUUGAACACGAAGAGGUCUCUGCCUCACUUGAACACGAAGAGGUCUCUGCCUCACUUGAACACGAAGAGGUCCCUGCCUCACUUGAACACAAAGAGGUCUUUGCCUCACAUGAACAUGAAGAGGUCCCUGCCUCACUUGAACACAAAGAGGUAUCUGUCUCACUUGAACACAAAGAGAUCUUUGCCUCACUUGAACAUGAAGAGGUCCUUGCCUCACUUGAACACAAAGAGGUCUUUGCCUCACAUGAACAUGAAGAGGUCCCUGCCUCACUUGAACACGAAGAGGUCUCUGCCUCACUUGAACACAAAGAGGUCUCUGCCCCACUUGAACACGAAGAGGUCUCUGCCCCACUUGAACAUGAAGAGGUCUUUACCCCACUUAAACAUGAAGAGAUCUUUGCCCCACUUGAGCAUGAAGAGGUCCCUGCCUCAACUGAACAUGAAGAUAGAGAUUCCUCAACUGAACAUGAGAGGCAGUGUUCUCUGUCUGUACACGAAAAGCUCCAUACCCAGUCCCCUUAUGUACAUGAAGAAGAGGCUCAUUCCACAAUUUUGCAGGCAGAGGAUAUCCACUCAGCAUCAACACUACACAAGGAUGCAUAUUCAACAACUGUCCAUGAGGAUAUUCACUCUCAAUCAUCUCAUUAUUAUAAUGUCCCUUCCAUGGCUCCACAUGAUGUGCUUAAUAUGUCUUCUGAUUAUGGAGAUACCCUAGCAUCAUCUACACCUAAGGAUACUCUUUUCCAACUUAAUACAGUUGAAGAACAAUCCUUAUCUCUACAGGAGGAUCAUUCCCAAUCCUCACAGGAGGGAAUCACUCUACCACUGUCAUUGUCAAAGAAUGCCCAUUUCCCACAUGCGCAUGAAGAGGCUCAUAGUCCUUCUGAACAUGAGGAUGUGUAUUCCCCAACCAAUUCUGAAAGUGCAUUCUCUCCAUUUUCCUAUCAUGAUAGUAAUCAUUCACCACCUCUUCAUGAGAAUGAUUCAAUCUUCAAUUACCCAGGUUCUACCCAAGAAAAUGAUUCCAAUGAUAAUUCACUAUCCUCUAUUGUAGAGAAAGACUCCAUCGAAUAUUCAACACCACAUGUCAAUAGGUAUCCAUCAUCUCUGCAAGAUGACGUUGAGCCAUCUAUAUUAUCUUAUAAUGAUCAUUCUACCUUAGCAACUGAGCUUGUGGACCCCAAAUUUCAGAAUGAAAGUGAAAACAUUAAUCUACCAUCAUAUCUUACACAUGAGAAAGAUUCAAACACUCAAGAAUUUGAUUCACUUAGAGAGAAUGAAUUGCAUGUGGAAGAAGUUAAACAUGAUUCAUUUCUUACAGAAUCUCUUCCUGAGGUUAGACCAACUUACAUAUCAGAAAGUGUGCCAGAAAAUAGUGCUGAAUCUUUUGGCAGUGAUUUUGUAGUAAUAGAGGAAUUAUCUGAUGUGAAUGAACUAAAGCUUUCAGAAGUACUGAAAGUUGAUGAGGUUGAAGAGCAAGAUUUUGAGUCAUACCCUCUUAAAUUCAAACCAGAAAACAUGUCGGAAUUUGCAUUGUCAGAUAAUAAAUUUGAAGAACUUUCAGAACCUCGAAUAAACUCAACAGCUAUAAUUUCUCAAGAACCAAAUUUGAAAGAGAGCUCUCUGUCUCCGAUAGUUGAUAUGCACACAGAACUGACAUCUCUUGAUAAAUUCAGUAAAGAAAAAUCUAACAUGUAUCAGAAUUAUUCUACGUUAUCGGGAAUUGAAGAGGAUCUAGAAAAGCCUUCAAAUUCUUUUUCUUCUGAUUUGAAGUCAAAUGAAUUAGCUCUAAAUUCACUAGAGUCUAAUGUUGAUGCUCUAAAAUUUGACAAUAUUUCAGAAUUUCCAGUUGCUAAUAAGGGAGUAGUAGUUUCUGUGAUAUCCUCUGUGUCUGAGAGUGAACCUAUGAAUCAGCUCAUCUCAAAUUUAGAGACAGAACCAGAAAACAUGGAAAAGUCUGUGAUUGAGCUACAAUAUGAGAGCACCACAAAGUAUCCUGUAAUAAAGGAAAGUUCUAAAGACUUGGAAUCUUUUAUGGAAGAAGAGCAGCAAGCGAUGGAGCCUGAAUCAUUUACAUUGGACAGGGACCAAAAUAACGUUGCUCAAUCUCCACACUAUAAUAACUUGAUAGGUAUGGACAGUGAGGCGAGAACUUUUCGCUCAAAAAUUGCAGAUGAAUUUAGCAAUUCCGAAGAAGAGCAUCAUUACGAUACAGAAGUGGAACUGUCCAUUAAAGGUUAUGAUCCCUUAUCACACUUUACAUCAGAUUUCACUAUGCAGAAACCAAAGGAAAAUCUUGUUGUUCUUCCAUUGUCAAAUGAAAUACUAAAUGAUGCAGUUUUUUCCAUUUCGAAUAUUAAUCAAGAAAGUCCUACAAAUGAGCUUCAUACAGAGUACAUUGAAAUAGAGGCACCUAUAUCCUCGCCUGAAAUGCUAGAAGAAAAGAAGACCUUUGAAUUUAACGAAGUUGAAACUGAAUCAGAUGAUGGCCAUAUGCUGACUUUACUUCAUCACAGACCGGAAAAUCCAGAAGGAUCAUUCGUUUUUGAAAAUGAAACUGAUAGUGCUGUAGAUUUUGUACUUUCAGGGGACAGAGAAAACAAAGAAACUGAUUCAUUGAAAACUCAAGAUUCAGAAAACUAUUUUGGCAAAGAGAGAGAACCUUUAGAAUUUGAAGGGGAGCAUAGAAAUGUGAGUUCUCAAAAAAUUGAGAAUGACUUGGAAAAUUAUGUAGGAAGUACUCCAGGACAUCAUCUUAUGAGUCUACCAAAGAAUCAAUAUGAUAGUCUGGAGUCUCAGAGUGAAUCUGUAAAUUCAGAAUUGUUAUAUUCUUCAACAGAACCAAAAACUGUUGACAACACCUUUAACUAUGACAGUAUCCCAGAUGAUGAUUCAUCGUUAUUUCCCACAAAACUUGCAUCUGCUCAGGCUUUUGAAUUUGAUGGCCAUUUGAAAGCUGAAGAUCUUAAAAACAACUUGGAUCUUCUCGAAGAAGGGAAUCCCUCAUCUUUUUCUAGAUCAUCAUCAUUAUCAUCAAACAAAACCUUUGAGCACAUUUUAACUGAGAGUCAUUUUAAGAGUCAUCAAGAUGCCUCCGACUCUUUAAGUGAACCAGAGCUCAAAGGAUAUAAUCCAUUUACGGACAAUGUUGAUGAUGACAUCGCAGUAAUUCCAGGGUCUGCUGUUUCGCAUAUCUCCUCAAGUACUUUUCCAGUAGAGCCUGUUGAAUUAGUAGCUCAAAUGAGAAGUCCUACAUUAUCUCCCAUCAGUGUUCAUGCAACAAGUGAGUCAGACUUUCAUGUCUUUGAAUUUGGAGAGAUAAAUGAGAAUAAUUCCCAUUAUAAAAAUGAUGAGUCAGAAAAUCUUUCUGAUUUUCAAGGAAGUGAUGCUGGCUCUCCAACAUAUAAAAAUAAAGUUAAAUCAACCGAGGUCGCUUUGUAUGGUAUGCAGUUUGAUGCAGUUGAAAAGAAUAGCACAUCAGAGAGACUUUCAGAUGCUAUGAUGUUUGAUAUUGAACCAGAUAUGCAUGAUAGGUUACAUGACAUGCCUGAUCAAAUUCAGAAUUUAUCAGAUUCAUCAACAUUUGAAGGAAAUACCCUCACUGUAGAAACAAAUAAUUACAAGGAUACACAAAAUGCAGACACUGACUUUCCUUUCGCAUCACAAAGCAGUUUUCAGGACAGUUAUCAAGUGAAGAUUACAGGUCCUUCACUGUUUGAGAAUACCUCUCAAUUUCCCGGUGAACCUAUCCAAACGGAAAGAACCUCGCUGUCUUUCAAACAAUUUUCUUUUCCCGAGAGUAAAUCCGAGGUAACUGUUGCGCCAUUUCAUCAUGAUAGUUUAAAAUCACAGACUGAUGCUGCAAGUUCUAAGACUGAAAGAACUAAGUUUUACAAGCUCAAUGAGGAGAGCAGCAGUAAUCUCCUAAAUUACAAUACUCCAGGAGUUAAUGGAGGAGUGUUAAACAGGAGCAACAACCCUUUUGAUAUUGAUUAUGUUAAUGAGAGCAAUUUACUUGAACAAAAUGUUUCUGAAAAUAGUGGACUAGUUUUUUCUACCGAGACUACUAAUGGUCUCCAUUCUGUAAAUGGUGCAUCUAUAGAUAAGUUAAAUAGUCCUCAAACUGUCAAUGGCAUGAAUUCUCAACUUUCCAAUUCUUCAGUUCUGUGUGCGGUUGACUGUAUGACAAUGUCCAUGUUUGGCUCCCUCAAUGGUAUGAAUGGCAAGAGCUCAGGAACACCAUCUCCUACCAAGCCCGAAGUGCCCCUUCCGUCUUCUGAUCCAGUCAAAGAUGUGUGUGCUCCUGAAUCAAAGCCCGCCACUGUCCGUAACGUCCCUGGCACUAAUCUAAGGUGCCUUGAUGAUCCUUCUUUUAUGUUUGACCAGCCCUCCAUACCUGUUACUAAUUCUCCUAAAUCCGGCACAUACAAGGUUCUUGAAGCUCCAAAGGAGCCUCAGCAGUUAAAGAGUGGAGGUUAUCAUGUGUUAGAAGCCCCAGAAGCACCAUCAGAUAUCAAGGAUCUUCCUGACCAGUCUCCCACAAAACCAGAGGCUCCAAUCAAACCAUCACCAUAUAGGGUUCUUGAAGCGCCUAUUGAUCCUCCUUCAAGGCCAAAAGGCUCACCAUAUCGUGUACUCGAGGCACCUGAUGCCCCUUACUACCCUCAGUCCCAAACCGUUGGUGAAGUUCAGGAGUCAAAGCCUCCAUCUCUUGUUUCUCCGUCUUCCGGUAGGACGCUUCAUACAGAGUACAUUGAAAUAGAGGCACCUAUAUCCUCGCCUGAAAUGCUAGAAGAAAAGAAGACCUUUGAAUUUAACGAAGUUGAAACUGAAUCAGAUGAUGGCCAUAUGCUGACUUUACUUCAUCACAGACCGGAAAAUCCAGAAGGAUCAUUCGUUUUUGAAAAUGAAACUGAUAGUGCUGUAGAUUUUGUACUUUCAGGGGACAGAGAAAACAAAGAAACUGAUUCAUUGAAAACUCAAGAUUCAGAAAACUAUUUUGGCAAAGAGAGAGAACCUUUAGAAUUUGAAGGGGAGCAUAGAAAUGUGAGUUCUCAAAAAAUUGAGAAUGACUUGGAAAAUUAUGUAGGAAGUACUCCAGGACAUCAUCUUAUGAGUCUACCAAAGAAUCAAUAUGAUAGUCUGGAGUCUCAGAGUGAAUCUGUAAAUUCAGAAUUGUUAUAUUCUUCAACAGAACCAAAAACUGUUGACAACACCUUUAACUAUGACAGUAUCCCAGAUGAUGAUUCAUCGUUAUUUCCCACAAAACUUGCAUCUGCUCAGGCUUUUGAAUUUGAUGGCCAUUUGAAAGCUGAAGAUCUUAAAAACAACUUGGAUCUUCUCGAAGAAGGGAAUCCCUCAUCUUUUUCUAGAUCAUCAUCAUUAUCAUCAAACAAAACCUUUGAGCACAUUUUAACUGAGAGUCAUUUUAAGAGUCAUCAAGAUGCCUCCGACUCUUUAAGUGAACCAGAGCUCAAAGGAUAUAAUCCAUUUACGGACAAUGUUGAUGAUGACAUCGCAGUAAUUCCAGGGUCUGCUGUUUCGCAUAUCUCCUCAAGUACUUUUCCAGUAGAGCCUGUUGAAUUAGUAGCUCAAAUGAGAAGUCCUACAUUAUCUCCCAUCAGUGUUCAUGCAACAAGUGAGUCAGACUUUCAUGUCUUUGAAUUUGGAGAGAUAAAUGAGAAUAAUUCCCAUUAUAAAAAUGAUGAGUCAGAAAAUCUUUCUGAUUUUCAAGGAAGUGAUGCUGGCUCUCCAACAUAUAAAAAUAAAGUUAAAUCAACCGAGGUCGCUUUGUAUGGUAUGCAGUUUGAUGCAGUUGAAAAGAAUAGCCCAUCAGAGAGACUUUCAGAUGCUAUGAUGUUUGAUAUUGAACCAGAUAUGCAUGAUAGGUUACAUGACAUGCCUGAUCAAAUUCAGAAUUUAUCAGAUUCAUCAACAUUUGAAGGAAAUACCCUCACUGUAGAAACAAAUAAUUACAAGGAUACACAAAAUGCAGACACUGACUUUCCUUUCGCAUCACAAAGCAGUUUUCAGGACAGUUAUCAAGUGAAGAUUACAGGUCCUUCACUGUUUGAGAAUACCUCUCAAUUUCCCGGUGAACCUAUCCAAACGGAAAGAACCUCGCUGUCUUUCAAACAAUUUUCUUUUCCCGAGAGUAAAUCCGAGGUAACUGUUGCGCCAUUUCAUCAUGAUAGUUUAAAAUCACAGACUGAUGCUGCAAGUUCUAAGACUGAAAGAACUAAGUUUUACAAGCUCAAUGAGGAGAGCAGCAGUAAUCUCCUAAAUUACAAUACUCCAGGAGUUAAUGGAGGAGUGUUAAACAGGAGCAACAACCCUUUUGAUAUUGAUUAUGUUAAUGAGAGCAAUUUACUUGAACAAAAUGUUUCUGAAAAUAGUGGACUAGUUUUUUCUACCGAGACUACUAAUGGUCUCCAUUCUGUAAAUGGUACAUCUAUAGAUAAGUUAAAUAGUCCUCAAACUGUCAAUGGCAUGAAUUCUCAACUUUCCAAUUCUUCAGUUCUGUAAAUGCAUUAGAUUCUGAGGCACACUUUUAUGAGUAGAGAAUAUAUUUAGUUUGCACAUUUCAACUUUUCUGGAUUUUCUUAAUUUUGGGUAAAAUAGAUUUUGAAGGGUUAUUUUGGUAACUUAAGCACUUUUCUGUAUUUCUAAUUGCACUUUUCAUAUACUGUAACUAGAUCUGACUGCAUGGGUGGUGGUUCUUACAGGUGCGGUUGACUGUAUGACAAUGUCCAUGUUUGGCUCCCUCAAUGGUAUGAAUGGCAAGAGCUCAGGAACACCAUCUCCUACCAAGCCCGAAGUGCCCCUUCCGUCUUCUGAUCCAGUCAAAGAUGUGUGUGCUCCUGAAUCAAAGCCCGCCACUGUCCGUAACGUCCCUGGCACUAAUCUAAGGUGCCUUGAUGAUCCUUCUUUUAUGUUUGACCAGCCCUCCAUACCUGUUACUAAUUCUCCUAAAUCCGGCACAUACAAGGUUCUUGAAGCUCCAAAGGAGCCUCAGCAGUUAAAGAGUGGAGGUUAUCAUGUGUUAGAAGCCCCAGAAGCACCAUCAGAUAUCAAGGAUCUUCCUGACCAGUCUCCCACAAAACCAGAGGCUCCAAUCAAACCAUCACCAUAUAGGGUUCUUGAAGCGCCUAUUGAUCCUCCUUCAAGGCCAAAAGGCUCACCAUAUCGUGUACUCGAGGCACCUGAUGCCCCUUACUACCCUCAGUCCCAAACCGUUGGUGAAGUUCAGGAGUCAAAGCCUCCAUCUCUUGUUUCUCCGUCUUCCGGUAGGACGGUAUCUGAUGCACUUGAUAAAGCUCGCACUCGUUUUGAUUCCUUUUGGGGGGGACCAAAAGAUAAAGAUCCCCCAAGCAAAGUCUAGGUGCCCAAAUUCCUUAGCCAUGUUCUAAUUACAAUUGAGGUAUUCAUGAAGAUGGAUUGCUCUUUAUCCAAAUACUAAGUUAACGACAAUAGUAUCUAUUUUGUGGUGCGUCUUCAUGGGUAUUUUAAAACUCAAGGAUGAGCUGUUAGGACAAUUUCUUGCGAAUUUUGAUGAUACAAGUUACUGCCAACAUUAAUGGUCCCACGUUCGUUGUGAGAUCAUACAUAACAGCACAUCUGAGAUAUAAUCUAUUGAGAAAACCCACAGGUUGUCAAUUCAGCCAGAUGUUUAAUCGCAAUACUCAUACUAUUUUUGUUAGUUGUCAUUAGAUGCUAUUUAACUCUUUCCGGACUUUACUCAAGGCUACGCAGUAUAGUAUUUCCUGUGGGUUUUUCUUAUACGAAGCACUUGCUAGUAGGCUAAGAAUGUGAGAUUGUUUAUAACAUGAACUAUAAGGUACACUUUAGUUUCUAUGUUUAGCUUUUAUUGAAAAUGUGAGAAUGAGAGGCAAGCCAGAGUUAUGAUGUUUGCAGGGAAUGCCAAGUCAGACCAGAGAUUCACAUAUCUCCAUGAUUGUUGAAUGUUGUCAUUAUUCAGAUGACCCCCUCGCCAUCAUCCCGAUCUAUAUUGCUACACUUAUUACAACACCCCACAGUGUUUGUGUGUGUGUGUGUGUGUGUUUGCCCUACAGUCAAAUUGUUUUUGUUUAUGAAUAUUUGCCAUGAAAGCUUAUGAUAAUAAACAUACACAAAUAUAAUUGUAUUAAUAUGAACACUGAACUGUAUAACACAUUGGUUCUGACAGGCAUUGUUUCUGUUUCAUGCUUCACAUGGUGAAAUUUACGUUAAGAAAUGCUUCACAGUGCUCGUGAAGAAAUUAAAAUGUUACAUUGUUUAAUAAGUUGUUUAGAUACAAAUUUGUAAUUUUUAAAAAUAUACAUAAAAUUUAAAAAAAAUCUUACAGUGCUAUAAGCAUGUGUAGGGGAAUUUCAGAUUAUUUAAAAUAUAAGAACAAUAUUUGAUGAUUCAUAUAAAUUACUGUUCAUUACCUAAUCUUAGUUACCAUUGGUUAGGAUUCUAUAAGAAAACAAUAGGGGAGCUAUAAUUGAUGAUCUAAUGGGUUUGAAGAUGACCACUUGCAUAUCUAAAUGGAAAUCAAUUCCCUGAUAUCCAAUGAUGGAACUCUUUACUAGACUUAGCAUAAGUAUGUACUGACAAGCAGGAACUUCGGUCAAACUUGGCAUUUCAUCCCAGCCUUAAUUCUUAUGCCUAUAUGCGAUUUGUUAGGAAUCUUGAGGUAGCGAGCCUUGGAUCUCAUUUGUAAGUCAUCAUAUAGGGAAACAAUGGUGCAGUAUUCAAGUUAUAAAUAAAAUCCUAAUUAUUCAGUCUGUCAUACUCUGCCAAUGCAUAUAUUAAAUUUUUUUUUUUAGAUAACAUACAUAAUUUAUUUUUCUCAAAAUCAUACCAAAGAUAAGUAUUGCAAAAUAUUCCGUGUUAAGGUGAUACAUGAACUCUUAAGUUGUUCCCCCCCUCUGAAAACUGCCAAUGGUUUGAGCAUAUAGUUUUGAAUGGUAAAGCUGUUUAUAUUGUUAUAAUUAGUAUAGUGUUGGCUAAUCAUUGUACUGGGCUGAUCGGUCUCUGGCAAAGUUCACCAUUACUCUUUAUGUCCCAUGGUGAGGAUUACUUAAGCUAUGAAUUUCAUUAUAGCUUAUUUUUAUAUUAUUUUUUAGGUUUCCUUGUAGUCUUCUUACAUUACAUUCCAAAACUAUAAAAAAAUAUUUUAUAGCUAAGUUAUAACAUUAAAUAUUUAAAUUUCUUAAAUAUUUUUAUAUUGUGUUCAGGUCAGCAACAUUGAUUUUUUAGGUUAACUUCUAAAUAUAGUUGAUUUUAUUUCAAAUUAUUAUGAUUAUAAUUCUAAACCUUAGUGCCAAGAAUGUCAAAAUUGCUGAUCUAUGACAUUAGCUGUGAUUUUUUAUGUCCUCAUUUUCUCUGAAGGUGAAAGGGCUCUCAGCUUUUUGGAAAUCCCAAUGAAGACUCCAAAUUACUCUUCAGACAUCACAUUUAGUUCCUGCACUUUAUUGCAGUUUCAAGAGACCGGCUUCAAUUUUCAAAUAAAAUUAAGCAAUGCUUUGUUGAAACAUCACAUGAUACUCAUUGAUAUCUAAUUUCACUUGACAAAAUUGAUGGCUUUUCUGAUAACUCACUUGAAUAGGGUUUAUAGUCUUUGAGUGAAAAGAAUUAUUGGUAUAAACCUUAUUAGUCUUCACUAAGGGUCAAAACUGCUGUUGUAGUUAUGACUGUCACCAUGGGGCGUCACUACUCUCCAUCACAGAUGCCGUUAAUGCUUCUAGUCAAAAUUUCUCGCAUAAGUUUACAGGUGUCGGCGUCAGAUACUGCUUACCCCCCAAACUCGUUAAUGGUGACAUUCUUAGCAUCAAAAUAUAUAUAUAAAUAAUUUGUAACAAAUUUUCUAACCUAAUAUGACAAUGGGGAAGUACUUAAAUUGAAGCCCCUCUGAUUAUUUAACAAGGAAGUUGAAUGAGGGAAUAAAUUUAUUAUUGUUAAUUUAUCUACUGUGCAUUAUGUCUUGUCAAGAGCUCUUUCAAAUAAAUUCAAUACUAUUCAUUUUUUGGUUAAAUAUUUUGUGAAUGUCAUAUAAGGUUUGAGAAUUGGUCUUCAAGUCCAAAGGAGUUGAGAGGUGAGCAUCAUCAUGACUGGACUCCUAAGUUGUGAAUCUGACCUUGCUGUAUGUACCCAUAGCACAGACCUUACAUUAAAUGUACAGCUUCA